AUGAACUUAAAAAUCACAAACAGUUUUUCAUUUCCUGCCGCAUCACUCAGCAUUUUUGAAGGCCUUUCAUUGCUUGUUCUUAUUCCAUUUAUCGACCGAGUGGUUUACCCAAGUCUGCAGCGUCUUGGUUUUAAUUUUACCCCACUGCGCAGAAUCGGCGUUGGGUUGCUGUUUGCCGCGGGCUCAGUUGUUAUGGCGGGAGUUACUGAAAUUGAAAGGAAACACAUCAUAAGAACACAUGGGACAUUUGAGCAGGAAGUGUUUAAUAAAACCGUGAACGCAUCCACCAUGAGUGUGCUUUAUCAAGUGCCUCAGUACAUUCUGGAAGGGACAAGCGAGGCUCUGGUUGGAGUUACAGGUAAAAGUUACUGCCAACAGCUUUGUUACAAACCUGAUAUCAGCUCAAAUCAAUGAUGAUUGUUCUUGAUGGAUUAAACGCACAACGAUAUCUAAAAGGUUAUCUUCUCUUUCUUGCUCCACCGUAGCGUGCGAGCUUUUAUCAUUCACCUUUUCCCGAAACACUGGAGGUUGAUAGGCUGAUCCAGGCAAAACAGCUCUUAAGGCGCUUUUAAGCCCCUAAAAGCAGAGUCAUAAGAUUUUUUCAGUAUACUGAAAAUCCAACGGAAAUAGCAGAAGGGCUACCAAAGCCUAGCUAAAAAACACGAACGCAUUUUGAAAGUGUCUUAGAAUGAAUGAAAGCUGGAUUAAACUUGAAAACACCAGGUAGUUCUACCCCUGGUAAUAAAAUUAUGGUUGACAUCUUUUUAACGUCAGCUUAGUGGUGAAUUUCUGAUUCUCGGCCUAUUUGCAAAAAACCUAACUUCAGAAACCCGGGGGACGGGGGUACUUGGGUCAGGUUUUGCUGGAUAUGUGCCGCUCGCUGGCCGCACAGAAUCCUUUGCCCAUUAUUCAAGUCUAUUCCGGAGUAGAAAUAUGUGCAGUGUUGUGAAGAAGUGUAUGAUUUCUUUUCCACGUAACCUCCUCUUACUUCAGAUACAGAGGGAAGUUAAUAUGUUACUGACGUUUCUUUUUAGGUCUCGAAUUUGCUUAUUCCCAGUCCCCCGUAGACCUGCGCGGAGUAGUUAUGGGUGUGUGCCUGGCAAUGACUGGUUUUGGUUUCUACGUGGCUUCAGCGUUAGUUUCCAUUGUCAAAAAGGCAUCAGAUGGUGAAUGGUAUCCUGAAGACCUCAACAAAGGAUCUCUGGAAUACUACAUGUUCCUGUUGGCGGGACUGAUGCUGGUGAAUGCCUUUGUGUUCUUUUUGUUAGCAGUGAAGUAUCGCUAUGCUCAUCAUGAUCGAGAAAUAAUCUUUGCGGAAAGUCAACAUGGAGACUUUAGCGAGGAACGUAUAAUCCGGUAAAACCCGGGUUGCAAUGAAAGUUCUUAGUUGACCUUAGUUACACUUAAUUAAAAGACUUCCAUUAAGGACCUUGCUCAACUCAUCCUUUAAUGAAGUACUGUCGAUAGCCUGCGUGGAAGGCAGGAAAAAGAGGAUAGGAUGGAGGUAUAAGUCCUCUCUUUUUUUCCUUUUCUCCCCGCCCCUUUCGUCUCCUUCCAUGCAGGCUAUACUCUUGAAGAAGAUCCACACAGUUUCUGAAGCAUGAUAACUGGUUUCUGAAUCCUUACUCGACAGAGCGAGAGAGCUCUGAAACCAAAUGUCUGUUUAGGUCAGCCUCAAACUCACAGAGUUCUUCCUUAAUGAGGUCUCCAUCAAUGAGCGCGAGUUAACAACUGAAAAGUUUUGAAUAGAGGGGCCUUUUUAGAAACCUUGAUUUAACUAGAGAUCUCUCCCCCUAGCCUCAACCCAGUCUUAAAACUCCAGCUGUGUUUAGCCUGUAAAUCUGCUGUCUCUCCUCGCUUCUUGCCGCCAAUGAACGCCCCUAAUGAAGAGGAACGACGAAAGACGGCUGUAUUGGCAGGCUAAGUUGCGUUCCAUAGGGUAGUUUAUCCUUGCUAAAGAUGUAGGGACAUCGACAAACUAGGACUGAAUAAAAUUUCCUUAUCAGUUAAAUUGAAUGCUCGUCUGUGUGUAUUAGUAACAACGAGAGCAGCAACAAAAUAAAUAAUAAUAAUAAUAAUAAUAAUAAUAAUAAUAAUAAUAAUAAUAAUAAUAAUAAUAAUAAUAAUAAUAAUAAUAAUAAUAAUAAUAAUAAUAAUAAAGGAUCUGGAAAUCAAGGACAAAAGUGGUGCCAGUGGUUGUAGGUGCAUUGGGUUCGGUGUCAAAGAAGCUGGCAGGCCACUUGGAGCAACUAGGAAUUUAAAACCGAACAAGAACGAUGCAAAAGUCGGCACUCCUCGGAUCGGCACAUAUCCUCAGAAAGGUGCUGGAAGUUUGAGGUCUCGGGAUGAGACUUGACUGGAUAUUUCUCCCCAGGGAAAAUCCCUGUGCUAAAUUUUACAUAAUAAUAAUAAUAAUAAGAUAGAUAGAUAGAUAGAUAGAUAGAUAGAUAGAUAGAUAGAUAGAUAGAUAGAUAGAAACUUUAUUUAUGUGUCAAGAAAGAAAAACUAGCCCAGGGGCAGGCCCUCUACUAAUAGGGGACACCUAUAAUAAUAAUAAUAAUAAUAAUAAUAAUAAUAAUAAUAAUAAUAAUAAUAAUAAUAAUAAUAAUAAUAAUAAUAACAAUAUUAAUAAUAAUAAUAAUAAUAAUAAUAAUAAUAAUAAUAAUAAUAAUAAAACAGAUACUAGAUGCUUGUUGCUUAUAACGUUUUUUUUAGCUGGCAAAUACUCUUUAUGCUUGACCGCUCCCCUCCAAGAGUUUUAGAUUUACAUGCAUUGUCGAGAAAAUUAACCACACUCUAAGCUUUCUCAAAUUAUACUCUCAAAAACAGUACAGCUCUUCUUACGGCAACCUUGACAAAAUCCAUAUCGAACAAACACUACCUUUCCUUACAUUUCGAAGGGUGUCUCCUAAUAUAGACGCCUUCUAAAUUGUGAGCAAGCUCUCCACGAGAUAUCGUGACAAAACUGAACUCGCGAAAGUGGCAAGGGAGAGAAGACGCCGCGAAAGCGAGGGAAGCGGAUGGGUAGAAAAGAGGCCUUUCCUCCUGCUUUACCGUUCGGCCACGCGUUUUCUCGGAGUGGUUCGCUUUGCUAGCCAUUAGAAAUGAAGAGAGCGCUUGCUUUUGGGCUAUGGAGCUUCAACUGUAUAUAACUUAUGUUCACACGCUUUUCUGAGGCUAUGCGGGGAGGGUGAACUUCAAUGCGGAGGUUUGGGGAAACAUUAACAGUUUCAUGCAGGAUAACCGACAGGCACCCAAAGCUCACGAGCGAGAAUCGUUGGGCAGCAGAAAUAUUAUAAGGGUUUGUAUGGGUAUUUUAGCGAUCGUUGUUUAGGGCUCUAAAAUAACAAUAAAUGUACACAAUACCGUAAAAUUCCGAAAAUAAGUCCCUCCAUGUAUAAGCCCCUCCGAAUAUAAGCCCCCGGGGGGCUUGUACUUGGAAUUUACCCUUGAAUACAAAGUAAAACAAAGCAAAAAUGGUAAAUCAAGCACUUCAAGCUAGCCCAAUCGAUUUAAAAACGCAAAUUUCCCUCCGUACAUACGCCCCUCCGAAUAUAAGCCCCUCCAAAAGGGCCUUUGAAAAAUAUAAGCCCCGGGGCUUAUUUUCGGAAUUUUACGGUAACAUCUUACCUUGUCUCCUUGUUUUGUUCACGGCGUGUUCUUAGCAUAAUAAACCCUACAUUACGAAACCCCUGAUAUAAUGAACUCCUUUAUUUAAAUUGCACCGAUUUGUGUAAGCGUUUUGUUUUCUUCUCUCACUUGAGUCCAGGUUGAACGCGGCCAUGUGGUGCAAAAGCUCAGAGAUGUCGGGACGGCUUCCGCAUCGAGAAAGGUCUUUUGUUGCAGUUUGUAAGUUAAAUUUAUCUCAUUCAGUGGAAUUCGAAGAAGGUUCAGGUAAUUUUCGAAAUUAAGACAACAGCCUGCCUCUCAACUAUUUAUCAAGUUUCAAAAGCUAUCGUGAACAUUAUUGCUAUGUUUCUAGGUAGAUCGAGACAAUGGCGGAUGAGCAGGAGGCUACGGCCAACGAAAAUCGUCCUUUGAUAUACGAGGACCAAAGGAAUGAAGCGGAACAAAGAAGUCAAAGAAGCAUCGACGAAAGUCUUCUUUCUUCCGCUGAUCAACGGCCUAAGGCUACAACAAGAAACCUUGUGGUACUAUGCAUUCUGUUUGUCGAGCUUUGCGAACGUCUGACUUUCUACGGUGUAGCGGCCAAUCUGGUGUUUUACUGUAGCGAUGUGCUAAAGCUGCCCUCUCCAUUACCCAGUACAAUAACUUUGGCUUUUCAAGGUGAAAUCAUGUGUAUUGUCAGAAAUAACGAUAGAUCAGGGACCGUGGGUCCGGGGUAUUAUUUUUUUUUUACAAAACCUCUAUUAACCCUUUAAGCCCUGAGAGUGAUCAGCAUCAAAUUUCUCCUUAUAAUAUCAAUGCAUUGUAAAACAGGGUGGUCAUGAGAAUUAUGGACAUGAUCACACAAGAUGAAUUUGCUUGAUAUUUUAUCAACUACUCCCCACUACUUCUGCAGGAAAUGAAUAGGGGCAACAAAUGAGAAUUCAAAUUUUGAUCUUAGGGUUUAAAGGGUUAAAUACUCCACAGAGUUACAAUACUAACUAGGGGGGGGGGGGGGGGGGGGCCGGGGGUUGUUUCCCCGAAAAAUUUUAAAAAUUUGAGUUUAAAAAAAACCCAAAAAACGGAUAUUUGCUUAACAACCGGGGAAAAAUGUUGAAAAUUAAUUUUUUUACAGUGAAUAAAAGUCAUAAUUUUUAAAUUUUUGUUAAGUUUUGUUUUUGUUUAAAAAAAAAGAAAAAAGGGGAUAAAAAAUUAAUUUUAAAAAAUUUUUUCCUGUUUUAUUAGAAAAAAAGCGUUUUUGGGUUUUUUUAUAAACUUAAAUUUUAAAAAUUUUCCGGGAAAAAUACCCCGGUCCCCCCCCCCCCCCCCCUAGUUAGUAUUGUAACUCUGUGGAGUAUUUAACCCUUUAAACCCUAAGAUCAAAAUUUGAAUUCUCAUUUGUUGCCCCUAUUCAUUUCCUGCAGAAGUAGUGGGGAGUAGNACAAUAUAAUUUUUCUUGUGUAUUUUUGUAAAGAACCCUGCUCUGCGCAGUAGGGGAGGAAUGAGAGGGAGAAAAAAAGAAGAUAUUUUUUUAUUUGAGUGUGGUGGAGGGGGAGAAAAGACCCGACGAGUGUAUAAAGAGGGGGGGGGGGGGGGGGGGGGGGGGACCAGGGUAUGCUUACCCGGAAAAUUUUGAAAAUUAGAGUUUCUAAAAUCACCAGAAACGCGUAUAUUGCUAUCAAACCGGAGAAAAUGUUGUUAAAUUAAAUUUUUAUCACCAUUUUGCUAGUUUUUUACACAAAAACGUAAACUUACACAUAAUUAUAAUAUAUGGCGUUUAUUCAACGUGACAAAAGAUUUAAAUAAUAUUAAGUAAGGCCAAUCAUUAAAUUUUCAGCUGGAUUCCACCAAACAGAAUUAACAAAAUAUUAAGAAACAGAAAUAAGUAAGGUAAUAGGCAAAUAAGGUUUUGCGUUCAUCUAUGUAGGGUCUAUCAUAUGUUAGUCCAGCUAGCUGGCUAUAUGAAGGAGGCUGUUCAGCGUCGGUCGGUUGCAAAGUUACGUUUGCGGUUAUUAUUUCGACUGACAAAUCCUUUAGUCACAACAACAAGUCACACAGCGUCAGUUCAUGUCUCAUGUUUAAUUAAGAUAUCACCACUGUGUGUCCGGUGGGCCAUCUAAGCUCGCUGCCAUAUGCUUACAUUUAAAAUAAAUAGUCAAACGCUUACAGACAUGUUGAAUGACCGACACACUCUGAGAAUAGCGUUCAGAGUUAGAAAUGGAUGGGAUUUCAAAUCACGUUGUACUAUUAAAACAUGGGACAACAGGAAAUUCGCAUAAUUUGUCAUGUGUAUUCUCUCGUUUUAACACGGGGAUUAGAAGUACUUUUGAAAAAGUCUAACAAAAGAAUCCCGGCGAAAUUAUUGGUGGGGCUGUAACCAGCCUCUAUGCUCCGCGGUCCCUGUAAGAUUAAUUUUAGGUCAGUAAGAUAGCUAUAGUAUGAUCCCAGAACGGAUCCUUGUGGGAUACUACAAGCCACAUUUAGCUCUUCAUGGAUGAGAGUUCACAAUUGUUAUUUGUUUAUUUACCAACUAAGUCUUCACUCUUAACUGAGAAUUAAUAAUAAUUAAUAAUAAUUAAAUAACUUCUAGAGCGCUAUUUACAUUCCUGAUCAACAGCGCUUAACAACUUAACAACUUUAUGAUAAUAAACUUAAUUAGUAAUACUAAUAAUAAAAGUGAAUGUCAAACAGGUUACGUUGUAAAAGCUGCACGAAAUAAAUAAGUUUUCAGCUUACAUUUAAAAACAGCUAACGAUUGAAUAUCACGUAAUUCAGCCGGCAAACUAUUCCAUAAAUAUGGGGCAGCAGCAGAGAGAGAUCUGUCACGUAACGUGACAAGUAUUUUCUCUUUAGGAGGGUCUAGCAAUAAACUUUGAUUUGAUCUAAGAUUAUAUAUAGACCUAGGCUUAAUGUUAAUUAGUUCUAUGAUAUACUUAGGUGCCAAUACAUGAAUAGCUUUAAAUGUUAAAAUUAAGAUCUUAAAAUGAACACGAUGUUGUACUGGUAACCAGUGAAGUUGAUAAAGCGCGGGAGAAAUAUGCGAGUCCUUACUUAAGCUCAGUACAAGUCUAGCCGCAGCAUUCUGCACACGUUGUAAUUUAACUAUUUGCGAGUUAGGAAGGCCAUACAGAAGUCCAUUACAAUAGUCUAAACGUCUAGUGAUAAAAGCAUGAAUAAGCGUCAGUAACGAAUCGCGAGAUAAAUACUUCUUAAUCCUUCUAAUAUUAUGUAGGUGAUAAAACGCGGCAUUACCGAUUUUAGUAACAUGCGUUGACAUUGACAACUUAUUAUCAAACUAUGCACUUAGAUUUCUAACACAGGAACUAGGAUAAAUAUCAUAAUCGCCUACAGAGAUAUUACAUACAUCAUUGAUCUUACCUAAUUGUUGAAAGUAUUGCAGACUGUGAUAAAUAAUUAUAAUGAAGGUUACAACAAUGAAUAAAACAAAAACAUAAAAAUAUGUUUAACCUGCGUCCAGUGUAAACUGGCAAAAUAGAAUAUUGCCGUCAAUACCAUUUUUUUAUUUUCCUUUACACACUGGAAAAAUUAUUUUACUUCAAAUACAGUGUUGGGUGUAACAAUAACUAAUAAUAAUAAUAAUAAUAAUAAUAAUAAUAAUAAUAAUAAUAAUAAUAAUAAUAAUAAUAAUAAUAGUGAUAAUAAUAAUAAUAAUUUUUUUUAAUAAAUGAAAAAAUUUUAUUGACAACAAUGCUAACUAUUAAAAUCCUAUUUACAAUUAAUUCACUUGAAAAAAAGAAAAAACUAUUCAUUCAAAACACUAUUUACAAUUCCUGUCGAUUUAAAAAGCACUUAAUUUAGCUUAGAAAGAGUUAAUUUAACUAAGAAAAAUUUAUUCGAAUUAAAAACAUUUCAUUUCAAUUAAAAAAAACUGUCAGCCUCUAAAAUUCAAAAGUUUCUUCCAACUGUUUAAAAAAAAUAAAAAAAUAAAAAAAUAAUAAUAAUAAUAAAAUAUAAUAAUAACAAUAAUAAUAAUAAUAAUAAUAAUAAUAAUAAUAAUAAUAAUAAUAAAUACAUUCUUAUAUGGCGCAUUUACAAAGCUCAAUGAGCCUUACAAUGAUUUGCAAAGAGAAGUUAAAAUCAAAAUCCCUACUAUUAAAGUAAUUAAGUUCACCAUAAUGUUUACUAAAAUAAGAAAGCUUCCCUAAAACGAUGAGUUUUCAACUUGUUUUUAAAACAGAUUACAGUCUUGGCAUUCUUAAUGUCCACCGGUAGGGAGUUCCACAAUUUCGGUGCCACAAAAGAAAAAGCUCUACACCCGUAGUUUUCAGUUUUAGCUUUUUGAGGACACACUAGUGAACGUGACGCUGAUCUUAAAGUUCGUGACGGUUGAUACAUUUCAAUUAAAGGCUUCAGUUAGUCUGCAGACUGGCCAUGUACAGUCUUAUACGUUAUGAAGAGAAUCUUAAAUUCAGUUCUCUUUACAACUGGAAGCCAGUGCAAGUUAUUUAGUACAGGCGUUACAUGAUCUGAACGUUUUAGGCCCAUCACACUGAGACGCGCAGCGGUAUUCUGGAUUCGUUGGAGUUUAUCCCUUUGAUAUUUAGGAAUACCGUACAAAAGACUUACAACAGUCCAAUCGGGAGAUGACGAGGGCAUUAACUAACAUUUUAAGUCCGUCUAGCGAGAAGGAGUGUCGGGAUGAGUUAACGCAAGAAAGGUUCAAUAAAUCUUCGUUCCCAUGGUCUUCUCCUACCCGUCUCUCGCUCCGUAGGGACGGCUAGGUGAGGACCCUGGGAACGAGUUUGGGGUCAAUAUUUAAUCAAUGUCAGCUGAAAUCUGUUAAUUUAACUUAAUAAAGCCGCCAAUAACAAGCAACUAAUCUCGAAUAGCAAUUAUACAAAAACAAUUAUAAUUUUGGUUUAUUUUAGGUACAUGUUUCUUCACUCCUGUAAUCGGUGGAUGGUUUGCUGACGUUCUGCUUGGGCGCUAUAAUACCAUAUAUGGGUGCUCACUGCUCUACACAGUCGGUACCAUUCUCCUCACGGCUACUACUUACAGCUACCCACCGGCCUAUGGUCUAAGCAUGUCAAGUAAAGAAGGAUUUUUAGGCGUGUCACUCAUCCUUAUUGCCAUAGGAACAGGAGGAAUAAAAGCUAACCUGUCUCCAAUGGGCGCAGAUCAAGUGAAGGAACAAGGGGAGCAAAUGGUGCAGAAAUUCUUUAAUGCGUUUUAUUGGUUCAUCCAAAUUGGUAGUAUACUUGCUUUUACAGUUGUUGUGUACGUUCAACAAGAAGUGUUAUUUUUUUACGGUUAUCUGAUAUUAGCAGUUUCAAUGACUUUAGCAACCAUUGUGCUGCUUAUUGGUAGAAGGAGCUACGUACUGCACCCUCCGGAGGGCAGUUACUUAACUGACACAUUACGUAUUAUUGGUAAAGGCUUGAAAAACUACUUCUUUUGUAAGCGGAGAUCUUCGGCUCUAAUGAGCCACUGGCUUGAUGGUGCAAAAGAAUCAAAAGGAGGAACUUUCUCUGAAGAAAUGGUGGAAGGUGUCAAGUCCGUGGUUCAGCUGAUCCCGAUCUUUUUAACAUUUAUAUUCUACUGGACAAUAUAUGGACAGGUGAGAGCGACUCUUUUGUAAACUUAUUGCUUUUUCAUGUCAUUCAGCAAUUCGAAGGGUCUUAUAGGAGCGCAUGAAGAGGAGAAUGUGUGACAAUGGGCUCGCUAUAGAACUUUUUGUUUCAGCCUGUUCCACAUUUUCAUUUGUUUUGUGGCAUUAAUUAAUCAUGGUGGGCCUAAUCCGACCACUCCUCAAAUCGGCUAUAAAAUUGGUUAAUUUACAAAGACUUUGUCGGCUUUUGCCUUUUAUCUACCAGAUCGUCGUGGCCUUCAAAUAUGAAUAUCAGGCCAAUCGAAUUAAAUUUGGGUAUAUGAUGGCACCAAUCAAAUGUUUGAUGUCUCAGAUUACGCCAUUCAUACGUCAGUUUUAAACUUCCACAAUUUUAUAAGAAAGCACCUUUCAAGGGGAGAAAAACUCUGAAAAAAUUUAUCGUAUCACAAUUAUUGGCAGAGAUAAAACAUUUUGAAUUUUGGAACGUUUGUAGCACAAAUGGGAGGUACUCCUUCUCCCCCGCCCCCUGGGUAUAAUAAUUCUUCUUCAUAGAGAGGUAUUGUAUUGUUGUGUCGCCAUUUAAGUUGUGUGUUUACCGUUGAAAGCUAAAAGAAAAUUGACAAAAUGGAAAACGGGGAUUUCUACCAUUGCUAGAACUAUCCGUAGAACACAGUAAGAAGUCCCGUGAUCCUUUUAAAAUAAAAUUUCCCAGCCUGAGCGUUUUCUUGCCACUAUUAUGCCACUAUUAAAGGUUUAUGUUACCGGAAAAUCAACUUUAAAUGAACAAAAAAAAUGGGCGAAAAUUCAAUGGACACAAAUUCAUUGGAGAAACUAUGGUGCUGGGGCGGCAAUUUAAUUUCUUUGAAGUCUCAUAACUGGAGUUAUAUGUAUGGUAGCGAGAAAAACAAAACCCGUUUUUUUUUUCUUUACUCAGGUACUAAGGUUCUUUAACUUCUAGUGAUAUGCCAGUGAUUUAAGUUUGCCUACGAAAAUUAACAUUAAUUUUCAUUAAACCUCUUUGGGGACGUCUUUUUUUUGGUUGUGACUUCAAACAAAAUAUCUAUCGUUUCAUUAUUUUAUCAACAAUCGGAGACUAUCUGGCAAAUUGGUAAAGAAAAAUAAAAAUGUGUCAAAUUAGCCCAAAUAACCAAUUGAGGGAUGGUUUGGCUCCUGAAUAAAAAAAAAACAAAAAGUGAAAUACUUCUAUUUGUUAGUCACUACAUUUAACUUCUUUGUUAUAUUUGUGCUUUUUCGAAACCUUAGUUGAUUUUGUUUUUUUUUUUAGUGUUUUACAACGUUUGUCCUUCAAGCUUCCUACAUGAAUUUAAAAGUUUCAGGGGAAACAUCACUUCCCGCGGCCUCACUGAAUCUGUUUGAAAACAUUCCCCUGCUUGUUCUUAUUCCAUUUAUCGACCGAGUGGUGUACCCAGGUCUGCACCGUCUUGGUUUUAAUUUGACCCCACUGCGCAGAAUUGGUGUUGGGUUGCUGUUCGCCGCGGGCUCAGUUGCUUUAGGAGGAAUUAUCGAAAUGGAAAGGAAACACGUCUUACACACUAACGGGACGUUUAAACAAGACUUGUUCAAUAAAACCGUGAACGCAUCCACUAUGAGUGUGUUUUACCAAGUACCUCAGUACGUCCUACAAGGAGCAAGCGAGGUUCUGGUUGGCGUUACAGGUAACAGUCCACAUUUAUGUUUGGAAUUUCAACUUUACAGAAUCUUGAUGGUAAAUUUACAGAGCGGCAGUAACAAAUAGCCCAACAAUGUCGUUUCAGGACGGGCAGGGAAUUUUAAUAUGUUUAGAAACAUUUAGUCAAUAAGUUCAUUCCUCGGCUCUUCACUGCUCUCAAUAAAAGUCACCCUCCCUGCUGAGAAAAAUUUAAAAUAAAAAAAAAUUCUCUUGGCUGACAUAUGUAACUUGCGGAUAUAAAAUAUUGGUGAAGCCACGAUAUCAUAAAAAAACAACAUGGCGUCUAGAAAACGAAAGCUGAACGGCACGGAAGACAUAAAUAGUAGUGUAUUUGAUCAGGAUAAGAUUGACUGAACUUUCCGGAGAAGUACAUGGAAGUAACGACUAUAUUUUCUGGUCAUCGUAGAAUUAUUAGAAUUUGUUAGACGGAAGACUCACAGUAACACUCAUUCCAAUACUCAGACCAACGUCAACUUUGGCCCUGUUACGACAGCGACUAUACCGUACAUCAGAGGCACCUCCGAAACUAUCGCACUGUGCGUGUUGCUGCUCACAAACCGGCAACCACUUUACGAAUGUACGUACAGUUGUGUUGGGAAUGAACAGUGGAGCAGAACUCGUAGCGUUGUUACAUAUGCAUAAACAUUUGUUUCUUUCUUUGGUAUCAAUAUAAUUAUUGUUCCAAAGUCCACAGCCACUUGUUUAUGCCUUACAACUUUAGAUUAAAAAUUUUGAUGUUUGUAAAGAAACGCAAAAAGAGCACUCUUAUACAUUAGAUGGGCUUUUAACCGGGGGGGGGCUAUAUCCGGAAUAAUAUCUUCGUUAGCAAGUCGAUGGAUUAAUCUCAUAAGUGCGCAAAAGUCAACAACCAAGUGUUUAUGUCUAAUAAGUUGAACUAAAAAAUUUUGAUGUUAUCAAAGAAACGCAAAGAGAGCGCUUUUUUCCGUUCGUGGGGUUUUUAACCGGGGGGGGGCUAUAUCCGGAAUAAUAUCUUCGUUAGCAAGUCGAUGGGCUUAUAUCCGGGGGGGGCUUAAAACCGGGGGAGGCUUUAACGUGGGAUUUUACAGUAAUCACUUAAAUACAACAUCAAAAUUUCACAGGCAAUUAAAAUAGUUGCACUUCACAACCAGAGUGUGGGGGUCGUGGACUAGAAAGGAUUGUAGUGAUAAUUAACAGACUGUAAUCUAAUGAAAGAGGGACCGUGAAGAAUAGUAGCACCACAUCUGAAUUUCAGUCCCCUAACAUUUUGAUAAGUUCAAUUAUAGAAACCCCCUGUAGGCGUUCUCCUUCGUCGAACGCAAUAACCCCCUGAAUAGACAAGCGGGGGAAUUCAUGUUGACGUUUCUUCUUUCAGGUCUCGAGUUCGCUUAUACCCAGUCCCCUGCCGACCUUCGCGGCGUAGUCAUGGGUUUGUGUCUCGCAAUGAUUGGUUUUGGCUAUUACGUAGCAUCAGCGUUGGCUUCCAUUGUUAAACACGCAUCAAAUGGUGAUUGGUAUCCUGAAAACCUCAACAAAGGAUAUGUGGAAUACUACAUGUUCCUGUUGGCUGGGCUUAUGUUAGUGAAUGCCUCUGUGUUUCUGUUUUUAGCAGUUAGGUAUCGAUAUUUAAAUCAUGAUCGUGAAAUGAAUGUAACUUGUCCGAGGACGAUCUUCACAGAGAUUACUGUGAGUGACCUACAAAGGGACUCUAGAGUUAUAGCGACAGCCCUCAUGUAG